UUCCCUUAGCAGAAAUUUGCACUGCACUGGAUAUUUUUCAAGUUUGUCCCUGCAAAUGUCUUCUGCAUCCAGAAAAAUGAAGCUGGUGCUGCUUGCGUGCCAUCUCGCUAUCUUGGGAAUUCGAGGUCAGACACCACCCGAGUGUGUUACGAGUGACACGAACAGAGCCCCAGAAAACUCUGACAUAAUGGUCUACUGCGGGACGGACCGCAUGGACCUGAGCAUCUACCUAUGCCCCAUGUACCAAGCCCUCUACAACGAGUCCCUCAUGGUGCUGAACAACGAGUUAAACAACGAAGAAUGUUUCGGCGUGGCGGACUUCACCGUCGUCCCGCCCGUCUUAAAUUUCAGCUUCCCUAUAAACGAAAGCUCCACGGCGUCAUGCGGGAACAUGUUUACCGUCACCGAUGAGGUGGGCACCGGCGACUUCGCCGACUUCUCCAAAGUGCAGUUUGUCAACAUUUCCGGCACGGUGACUUCCAUCGACCCGUCGGCCGGCAUGAUCACUUAUAGGUCGCAGCUCCUCUACAUGUUCUCCUGCCUCUACCCAAUGCAAUACAUCCUCAACAACACCGAGCUGGGCGUAUCCGGUGUGAACGUGGCCAUUCAAGACAACAACGGCAGCUUCAUCAGUACGCUGAGCUUGGAGUUAUUCCAAGAUGCUCAGUACCAAGACGCUCUUACCAUCCCGGAGACGGGACUCCAACUGAAGACCAAAAUCUACGUCGCCGUACGAGCCACCAAUUUAACAGAAAGGUUCAACGUGCUGCUGGAUCGAUGUUACGCUACCACGAGCCCUUACCCGAACUUCAACAACUUCUAUGACCUUUUUAUCGGCUGCACACGUGACGAGCAGACCGAGGUGCUGCUCAACGGCGACUCCCAGGUGGCGCACUUCUCCUUCGAGGCCUUUCGAUUCGUGGAGCACAAGAAUCUGACGGUGUCCACGUUCUAUCUACAUUGUGUCACGAGAUUGUGCGAAGUGUCCUCCUGUGAUGCAUUAAAGCCUGAUUGUUCCGGUACCCGAAGAAAAAGAGACGUUGAGGAAGUGUUGGCUAAUGCUACAGUCACCUCCGAGGCCAUUUUUGUGGCCAAAAAGAGCACGGAAGAUUUUCAAACUCACGCAGCUUCUUUGGGUUCGUCAGCGAGCCGCUACAGCGACCCAGUGGUGGCGAUCAUCUUCUGUAUUGUCAUCUUGACUGGUUUUAGAUUCUAGAUUCCUUUCUAGAUUCUUUUUUUUAAUAUAUUGUAUUUACCAUAUUUAGCUUUGUUUUUCCCAUAAGGACAACUCGUUCAAAAGCACCUUAUUUUUAAGUGUAAACUUUAUUUGACAUAGACAAACUGAACAACUGCUUUGUUAGUCUCUGGAAUUUAGUGUGAAAAUCAACAAUAAAUAUUGUUGGAAUCUUACAGAAGUGAUGAUAGUACACCACAAGCUUUACUAUAGAUGCAUAUACACUUCUCAGUUUGAUUUAGUGUUUUAAAGGAAGCUUCUGGAGUAUUUGUUAAUUGUCAAAAUAUAUUUGAAGACAUCCACACAGAGCAAAGUGUUGCAAACAGUUG